GGGGAAAACAGGCAGAGAGACAAAAUGGCGGAACUCGAGGCUCUGUGCGUACUUGAGAACCAGCAGUGGCCUGGCCGCCGCGUGGAGAAGACGUAUAGCAAAAAGAAAGGAUCACGGGUGCCAUCGAGAGACAUGCACUAUGAUCUCUUUGGAGGGGGCGAUGAGAACGCGAUCAUUGAGAAGAUGGAUCAACUGACAGUCCAAGAUGAUGCAGUCAAGCCGAAUCGACCUACUGAGAAAGCCUCUGAGCCAUCGCAAAAGCCACCGACGAGACGCAAUCCGCAUCUUCGGGGACGACGGAAACCAACAUCAUCGAAGAAAAUGGCGAACCUUGGACCGAACAAAAUGCAGUUACUUGCACCACUCCUCUCACUUGUUGACCGACAGGUACAAGACUUCCAAGAAUUCGGCCGAAGCAUGGGACGGAAAUUUGUUUGCACCAAGCUCGGUGAAGGCGCGUACGCCGACGUCUUUGAGCUCAGGCCAAAAGACGCCGAGGAAGCCAUCAAGGUCGAAGAGCGUGGUGGACUCGUGAUCAAAGUCAUCGCCUUCGACGUGGAGAAAUCGAGAGAGGCGGACGACAUCGCCGACCUGGAAUCCAUCACCCGAGAAGUUCAACUCCUACUCGCCCUCGACCGCAUGCACGGUUUUGCCAGAUGUCGAGGCGUCCACGUUGUCAGUGGAAGCUACCCCGACGUCCUUCUCGAAGCGUUUCGCAACUUCAAAGCCACGGGCAGCCCGGACGCACAGAACCGCGACCCGACCGAAGUCUUUUCCUCCGACCAGACCUACGUUCUUAUCGAGAUGGACCACGCCGGAAAAUGUGUCGGAAGCAUUUCCACUCUCUCUGCAUUUCAAGCAUACGACAUCUUCUGGAAGACGGCCAUGAUUCUCGCUAGUGCCGAAGAAUCGGUCGAGUUCGAACACAGAGACCUACACACCGGCAACAUCUGCUGCAAGGCGCGAGCACGAUUGGUGAAUGGUGGUGGCACCGCAACAACAACAACAACAACAACAACAACAACAACAACAACAACAACCGACAUUGAUGAAAACCUUGUCCAGAACAUGACGGACGAACCCAAGGCCAAUCUCGGCCUCUCCAACCUCCACGUCACCGUCAUCGACUACACGCUCUCCCGCGCCCGGAUCCAAAGCGAGACUGGAGAGCAAGUCAUCAUCGCCGACCCGAUUGUGUAUUGGGAAGACAACGACAUCGUCGGCAACGACGCGUCCGACCAGCGCCAAUUCAACACCUACCGCAAGGUGAGGGACUGGGCCAAGGCGGUCGAGGCCACGACGGAAGCCCUGGCGGAGAUGCAGGAGGGCGAGGAAAAAAAGGCGGUCAUCGACAAAUACCAGCGGUUCCUUCCGAAAACCAAUGUCAUGUGGCUUUGGUACUUUGCGAGGGAGCUGUUGGCGAGGAGGGGGAGGGCGGUGGCCGGCAGCAGCGGCGCCGCCAGGAGACUGCAGACGGCCCUCUGGCGGAAGCUGGAGGCUGUGGCGCUAUACCUCGACGCCGUCCCCACGCUGAUGCCAGAGGACGUUGCUGAGCUCCUGGCGAGCGCCGUGCAGUUUGGCUGGUUGAGGCAGGAGGACGUGGCGGCGUACAAGGCCGAGCUGGAGGAGUAG